AUGACUAUUCAGCACUUUGCGUACAGCACUUCUCCCAACAGGGAUCAUGGCGUUCUUGCCGCCUCUACGUUUGCUCCGUUAACACUCCGAGGAUGUGUCGUGGAGGCAGAGGUGCGUGGCAAUUGCGCGCGGGUGAAUCUACGCUAUGAAUACGAAAACAAGACGGGUAUGGACCAGCGCGUUAUUGCCGCCUACCCACUGCCUAUUGCGUGGGACCUUAUGAGCUGCAGGGCCGACUACUUUGGCGACUGUGUGCUGACGGAGUACAGCGGUACUGUGCCGCUGCGUUCUUCCGCCGAUGCAGGCGCCGCCGGACUGCCGGGGCCGAAGUCCGACCACAGUGUGUGGACAGUCGCCUCGCAGCAGUUGCCGUGGGUUAUUGAUGUUGGCUCCACCGUUCUAAUCGCCGCGACGUAUCACGUGCCACUUGACGUGACGCGUUGGCGUGGUGUGGUGCGUAUUCAUCUACCAGCAGAGUUGUUCCCGGACUUCAAGAAGCCGUCACAACCCACCCUCGACUACGCCUCGCUGUUUGACAUGAAGCUGCAGCCAAAACUCCCAAGUGGGUGGAAAAUUCAAGCAAAAUGUGACAUGUUUGUGCCACUUGCAGGCGCUGUGCGGUUGCGACCGGUGGAAGAGGAAACGCUGGUGCGGGUGGAUUACAUUGGCGACAGCGGCUUCUCACUAAAAUAUACCGCUCCAUUGACAAAACGGCUGCCGGAUGGGUUUGAAAUUGAGUGUGUUGUGCAGGGGACGGCAGAGCCGCUGCGCUUCUUCCUCGCGAAGGACGUUGGAACGCUGGUCCAGGAUGUGGAUCGCCAUGCAUUUACUAUUUCCUUCACGCCACAGCUUGAAGGGCGGCCUGGUUGCAUAACAAACGCCGAGUUGGUGCUGGUAGUGGACUCGCACAGUCGUCAAUCUUGUGAGGCGAUGGCGAAUGGUAUUUUGGUCGGAAUGCGUGGUUUACCGGAGUCUGUGUUUUUAAAUGUGGUGGUGGUGGGCGCGAAGAAGGAUGUUUCUCCCUGGCAGUGCGGUGCUGUGGCCCUGUGUGAUGUGCAGCUUGAGCAAGUCUUCGCCUUCAUAGCGGAGUCGAAGCCGCAGGAGGCUAACUCGGGCGCGUCGAAUUUGCACCGUACACUCCGUGAGGUGAUGUCGCAGGAGGCGCUUUCGCUCUGCGGUUCUGUUCCGACGGGGUAUGUGCGUCAUGUUAUCGUGAUGUCUGACGAGGGUGACAUGCGGUACGCGACGGAAAUCAUCGAGGCGGUGACACGUCACCGGCGUAAUAUGUGCUUCAGUGCCAUCGGUUUACUCUCAUCGGGGACGCUGGAUGCACCGAAGUUGCAGCUACUUGCAGAAGAAGGCGGGGGCCUUUACCGUGAUGUGUCCGAUGCAAAGACGUUUCCGGAGAUUUUAGUGGAUAUGUUGUCACAUUUGGCAGUCCCGACAUUGACGGACAUCGUGCUUUGCUUCGAUGAGCCCGAAGUACGUCUUUCGAUGGAACAAACGAUGCCUGCAGUGGCGCAGGGGACGCAGCGCUUCGUGCACGGUCUCGCCCCCGCCUCGCUGGAGACGCUUGGCGCCUACGCGACGGGACGCAUCGGCCAGACCGUCGUUGAGUACGUCGGGAAGGGGAACGUGCAGGAUCUCAUCUUCACCUCGGAGGCGGAGCCGCGGAACGCUCUCUCCGUCGGCCUCUUCCACCUCGCGGCAGCCUCCGCCAGAGUGCGCUACCUCAUCGACGCACGCGCGUUGUCGGCGCUGUCGGUAGCGGAGAUGGAGGAGGUUGCACGGCUAUCCAAGACGUUUUCUUUGCCGUCGCCGUACACAGAAAUGCUGCAGCGGCGACCCACUACUGCCGCCAACGCGCAAACGCGGGAGGUUCGCAACGUGGUAGCGGUGCGGUAUGUGCCACGCAGCUGGACCUACGCGCGGAUCAUUACGCGGUACCGAAAACGGCGACUUGCGGAGGGCCUUAUCGACGGCCGCCCGAAGGUGCAACAGGGAAUGACACAACAACCCGAGCAAGAGGAAAAACAGCCGGGGUUGUUCAAGACUUCUGGUACUCUCGCCGCACUCGUGCCGCCGCCAACGUGUAGAGAAUUUAUUCGUGCCAUUGUUGUGGAUGUGGCGGAGUCCGUCAUUGCCGAGCCGAGUCUGAAGCGUCUCACUGCGCUGCAAACCGCCGAUGGCUCCUUUCCGCUGAACUCCAUCCUUGGCAUCAGCGUCGGUGUGUCCCUGGACCGCCUGGAGCGCGAGUUUCCGCUGACGGGCUUUGGCAUAAGCGAGGACCUCACGGCUGGCAGGGAGUACUUGAGGAACCACGAGCGCUUUUGGGCCACCGCCAUUGCGGUUGCGGCGAUGGAGCUGCAGUCCUUCGCCACCACCGCCAUGGCGUACAGAAGGGCGCUGACGUACAUGAAGACACAUGACUCCGAGGGGAAGUUGCUGCGUCGCGCGCGGGAAAUCAUUGGGAGAUCGCCUCAGGAAUCAUCAACGUGA